UGAAUUGAAAGAAAAAAAGAAAACCCCAUCUCAUUUGUCACUCACAAAACACAUACUGGGUGUGAAUGUGAAGUACACAAAACAACCAAAGUCAUCAACGAUCUUGUUUAUUCAACAAUCUCAAGAAGGAAGAUUGCAAUGGGAAGGCCACCUUGUUGUGAUAAGAUAGGAGUGAAGAAAGGGCCAUGGACUCCAGAAGAAGAUAUAAUUCUUGUAUCUUAUAUUCAAGAAAACGGCCCUGGGAAUUGGAGAUCUGUUCCUACCAGUACUGGUUUGCUAAGAUGCAGUAAGAGUUGCAGGCUCCGAUGGACGAAUUAUCUCCGUCCAGGUAUCAAACGUGGAAACUUCACAGAUCAAGAGGAGAAGAUGAUCAUCCAUCUGCAAGCCCUUCUUGGCAACAGAUGGGCAGCAAUAGCUUCUUAUCUUCCACAAAGAACAGAUAAUGAUAUCAAGAAUUACUGGAACACCCAUCUGAAAAAGAAGCUCAGCAAGAUCCAAGGCAACUCAUCCAAUCAAGAAAACCAUCAUCCCUCAAGGGGGUCGAACUCGUCAUCAUCCUCGGAAACUACCAUGUCUAAAGGUCAAUGGGAGAGAAGGCUUCAAACUGAUAUCCACAUGGCCAAACAAGCCCUUUGUGAUGCCUUAUCUCUCGACAAUAAGUCCGUCAAUCUGCCUCAGUUAUCCUCAUCCACCUUUUCAAGAAAGCCCUCAUCAUCAAUUGGUACAAACCCUAGUGCAAAAAUAGAACAAGAAUUGGUUCUACCCCCUCCACAGACCAAUCAGAGUACAAUCACUUAUGCAUCAAGUACCGAAAACAUUGCACGAUUGCUCCCAAACUGGAUGAAAAAGAAGCAAAAAUCUUCACAGACGAGCUCCGAAAGCACCCAGACUCGGAAUUCUUUUGAUGGGCAGUUCCCUAGUCCUCCAAGUGAAGGUUUUGAUAAUUCACUGCAGUUUGGCUUACAUAACUACAGCAAUAUUUCCGAAGUUUCCCAAUCGGUUUCGCCUGAAACGAGUUUAUUCCAAGAUGAAAGCAACCCAUCUGCAAAUACGGAUAAUGCACAACUGCCUCCUCUUAGUUUCCUAGAGAAAUGGCUUCUUGAUGAUGCUAAUGCUCAAGAACAUGAUCAAGAUAACCUCAUGAAUCUUUCUUUAGAAGAAAGUAAUGGCUUGUUUUGAAUCCUUUUUUCCUCCUGGUUUUUGGAAUAGGGUGUUCAAUUAUGCUUAUGGAGGGGUUAAUUGAUUUUCCGUCCAACCCAUUAAGUGUGAAUCAGAUCUAGGGCUUCAGUGAUCUUAAACAAAUAGCUGGAAGAAGGUAGUACUCUUUUAGGUGUGUUCUUUACUCUUUUUAGUUUUUGCGAGUGUUGAAAAAAAGUGUAAAGUAUCUACAGAUCAUAGUCCCUUCAUGACUCGACUCAUCUCAUCUCAUCUCAUCUCAUCUCAUCUCAUCAUCUUCUUAGGAAAAAGAUGUCUACUUUGGGUUUCUUUGUAUCUAAUACGAUGAUGAAUGAGAAUUAGGUUUUCGAAU